AUGUCGGCACAGGCACAAGCACACGACCAGGCGACGCAUUCGGAAACCCCUCCAAACAAACGACGUCGGAUUAGUCUAGCUUGCAAUGCCUGUCGCAUGCGCAAGUCGAGAUGCGAUGGACAACGACCCUCGUGCGCCUCGUGUAUAGGACUCGGCUUCGUAUGCCAGUAUGAGCCCACCGACUCCGCCGCCAACGUGCUCGUGCGCAAGGAGUAUCUCUCUGACCUGGAGAAUCGCGUCGCUGCCAAUGAGCGAGGGGUGCAACGGCUGGACAAGUUGCUGAAAGGCCAUCUUUCCAAAUGUGCCGAGAGCGCCGUCGACGGUGCCAUGCGACCGUCUCAGCCUUCUGCUGCAUCGGGAGCGACGUUGCCGCCAGAAGAAAGCCCCUACCGCGCCAACGUUCUGGAGGAGCCGCGGGAUGAAGACGCGACGACGAACGGCAUGGCCAUGACUUUUACCGAAGAGCGCACGUCUGCCUACUUUGGAGAGUCAUCCAAUCUACACUUUACACGGGUGCUACUUCGGGCAGCCGCUGCGUUCCAUCAGUCUCCGUCGACCGCGACAGCCCAACCGACGGCCGACAAUGACUCGAUCUUGGUGGAGAGUAAUAUGGAGAGACAUUCCCAACACCAAUCCUCGCCUCUCUCGACAGUUCCAAACGUUCCAGAAUCAGCGCUUACCGCGUUGCCGUCAGAAGAAGCGAUGGACAACAUGCUCGAUAUCUAUUUCAACACAGUCGGUAUGGUUUUCCCUUUCAUCCACGAAGAGACAACCAGAAAUGCAUACGCCGAGUUCAAGGCCAAUGGCUUCACCAAGGUUCGAAGGACAUGGCUAGGAACUCUGAACAUGGUAUUUGCCAUGGCAAGCAAGUUCGAUCAGUACGAGAACGAAAAGGCAUCGAGCAAGACGCGGUUCGACCGAUCAGACGUAUUUUACCAAAGAGCAACGGGCCUCUGUAACGAAAUUACGAAAAGAGUGAUCAGCAUCGAGAUCAUCCAUUACCUCGUCCUGGUUGUCAUCCAUUGCCAGGGUACACAGAGGUCUUCCCAAGCUUGGAACAUGCACGGUCUGCUGGUGCGCUCAGCGAUUGCGUUGGGUCUUCAUAGUGACAACCACCGGAAAGGACUGACCCCACGUACCCAAGAGACCUAUCGUCGCACUUGGCUGGUCAUCUAUGGUCUAGAUAAAGUCUUGAGCGCGGUGUUUGGCAGACCAUGCGCGGUCGUGGACGAGCAGGCGUUUAGUCGGCAGCCACUCUCGUGGUUAUCUCAAACACUGCGCGAUGGUUUCACCAAGGCUGUUGAUUUGCCCGGUCAAUUCCUAGACGUGUCAUUUCGGCUGUAUCAGCUGAUGGGCAUGUCGCUGAUGAAGCAGUACGGCGCCAAUGUUGAGGCCAACAACGUCGAAUUGGACGAUCUGGCUUCACUACAAUCAACCGACGAGCUCCGAAUGGCUCUCAAGUCAUGGGCUUCCAACCUGCCAGACCAACUGCGUCUUUGCACGCCUCAGUCAGCCUUGCUCCUCGAGAACACCCAGGCCAACAGACUCUGCGUCAUCUUGACUCUCAGGUACCACAACCUCAAUACCCUGAUCCACAGGCCGUUGCUCAGUGCGACACUGUCUCGUGCGUCCCAUGGGGACAACAAGAACGGCGGAACAUCGCCAUACGUAUUCCAGCUGGCAAUGGCAGGGGCCUAUGAAUGUGUGCAGUCGGCGGAAAGCACCAUUGAGAUUGUGCAUGCCAUACUGAGCACCGACCCAACCAGUAAAAACAACCUGGGCGUGUGGUACUUUACUCUGUAUUACGCCUUUACAGCGUCAUUGGUCAUCAGCGGCCGAUGGCUGCUGGCAAAACAUGGACAGAGCACCCCCGACGAGGCAGCCAUCGCCCACUGUCAGGAGCUUCUCAGAAAGGCCGACACGAUAUUCCGGGCGCUCAGUCACGAAGAUGCUCUGGUCUAUAGCUGUUCAAAAUACAUUCGCAAUCUAUCUGACAUGCUCGUCUCUCGAGCCCCCAUCCCAUCCGACGAGACCAGCGGCGAUCUACGUUCGACGGCUACCGAAACACAAUCCGAGGACUCAUCAGCUCAGGCGAAUGGUGGCAUGUACCUCAACCCCGAACCGCUAGACGCGUUCGAAUUCUUGACGUCGGAUCUGUUAGAACCUUCGGCUUUCGAAGGCUUUGGCUGGGCCAUCGAUGGAACUUUACGAGGGAUUGUCUAG